GAAGUCCGCUGUCUGAUCUAGUCUAGUCCGCUCCAUGGCUUCCCCCGGCUCGGGCGAACUGAGUUCAAACCACACGACAACGACACUAGCGACUACCACAACUAGUGUCUGCCACAGGCCUCAGUGAACCGAACUACCCGCCCGCCGGUCUCCUUCUGGUGCCUCAGUGACCCAAGCCGCCCGCUCCCUGUCUCCUCCUGGGCCCGCUAUGAGGCUCAAAGUGGGCUUCGUUCUGCGGAGCGGUCUGGUGGUCGGGGCGUUCUUCAGCCUGGUGGUGCUCUGGUCCUUCCUCUCGCCGAAGCCCAGUGAAGACAGCCCCUUCGCGAAGCGGGAGGAUAGUCUGCAACUAAGAAAGGACCCGGUGGAACCUUUUAAACCAGUGGUACCAUGGCCUCAUGUAGAGGGAGUGGAGGUAGACUUGAACUCUAUCCGACUCAAACAAGGCAGAGACAUCCAUCCUGCGAUCCCCAACCAGAAUCAGGCGAUCCAGCAACAAUACGUCACAUUCAAGCCCCACUCCAAUGCCUACACAAGCCCGAUCUUAAAGAAAGAUAGCUUGGGGAACUUUGAACCCAAAGAGCCGGAGCCUGCUGGGGUCCCAGGGGGCCCAGGUGAGGCUGGGAAGCCCUUUGUCUUGGGACCCGAUUACAAAGACGCUGUGCAGGCCUCUAUCAAAGAGUUUGGCUUCAAUAUGGUGGCCAGUGACAUGAUAUCCCUGGAUAGGUCUAUCAACGACCUACGACAUGAGGAGUGUAAGCACUGGGAUUAUGAUGAGAGGUUGCUGACUUCUAGUGUGAUCAUAGUGUUUCAUAAUGAAGGCUGGUCAACACUGAUGCGAACCGUCCACAGCGUCAUUAAGAGGACGCCCAGGAGAUACCUGGCGGAGAUUGUCAUGAUAGAUGACUUUAGCAACAAAGUCCAUCUUAAGGAGCGUUUGGAAGAAUACAUCAAACAAUGGAACGGUCUGGUCAAACUUUUCAGAAACGAGAAGAGAGAAGGACUUAUUCAAGCCAGGAGCAUAGGCGCCCAGAAGGCCACUAUAGGACAGGUUCUGAUUUACCUUGAUGCCCACUGUGAGGUCAGUGUGAACUGGUACGCACCGCUGGUGGCGCCCAUCUCAAAAGACAGAACAGUGUGCACCGUGCCUUUGAUCGACUCCAUCCAUGGGCAGACUUUCACCAUUGAGCCACAGGGGGGCGGAGACCAAGAUGGCUUUGCUAGAGGAGCUUGGGACUGGAGCUUACUCUGGAAAAGAGUUCCACUUGGGGAUAGAGAGAAAAGGCUAAGAAACUCUAAGACUGAGCCAUAUAGGUCACCCGCAAUGGCAGGUGGUUUGUUUGCCAUAGAGAGAGAGUUUUUCUUUGAGCUGGGCCUUUAUGACCCUGGACUGCAGAUUUGGGGGGGAGAAAACUUUGAAAUAUCAUACAAGAUCUGGCAGUGCGGCGGUCAGCUGCUGUUUGUGCCAUGUUCUCGUAUUGGGCAUAUUUACAGACUCCCGGGAUGGCAGGGCAAUCCUCCACCGGCACAUGUAGGGUCAUCACCUACACUGAAGAACUAUGUGCGGGUGGUGGAGGUGUGGUGGGAUGACUAUAAGGACUACUUUUAUGCAAGUCGUCCUGAAACCCUGAAUCUAGCCUAUGGAGACAUCAGUGAUCUGAAGCGCUUCAGAGAGGAACACCGAUGCAAGAGCUUCAAAUGGUUCAUGGAGGAAAUUGCUUACGACAUUCCAGUGCAUUAUCCCCUGCCUCCGAAAAAUGUGGAAUGGGGUGAGAUCAGAGGUUUUGAAACCAGCUACUGUAUCGACAGUAUGGGUCACACUAAUGGAGGCACCCUCGAGAUUGGACCUUGUCACAGGAUGGGAGGAAACCAGCUGUUUCGUAUUAAUGAGGCAAAUCAACUGAUGCAGUAUGACCAGUGCUUAACCAGGGGGACUGAUAAUUCAGCUGUUAUCAUCACCCAUUGUGAUAUGAAUCAAAACACAGAAUGGAAAUACUUUAAGGAUCUUCACCGGUUUACUCAUAUACCUACAGGUAAAUGUUUGGACCGCUCCGAUCUUCUCCACAAACUCUUCAUAGCAGAAUGUGACAACAGCAAGACCACUCAAAAAUGGGAGAUGAACAACAUAGUUGCCGUAUGAUAACCGGAUAGCGAAUACCCAUGAAUAGCAUCCGGAGAAACAAGGCAGUUGGUUGAAGACCUUCAUCAUCCGUCAAUUUGUGUAAUGGAUAUGCAUUGCCUUACAAUGGACAUUGCUAUGCAUCCACGCACACUAUCGUUUGAUGCUUCCGGAUCAAUAUAUUGACUGAAACUGCCAAUGUUUAUUUUUAAAAAUGUACAAACUGAUGAAACAUUGGCCCGCAUCGCAGUCGUAACCAACCGCAUAUUUGACACUGACUCGCCGUCCGUCGGUUGCCCUCCUAAAUAGUAUUUGGACCAAAUAUUUGUAUUAAUUGAUUGAUAACACACUUUUUCGAGAUUCUUAUCGCAAAGGUCUACUUACACCUCGUUGUUAACCUGCAACUGUCACUUUCCAUAUUUUUAACCUUUUUUUUUACCAGGUUUGUUUAAAAUAGUUAAAUUAUUUAGAUCCCAGGACAUCAUCAGACAAUCUUUAUCCAUACAGUCAAUACUAGUAAUCAGGAUUAUAUCCACACUUGGCUAACAUACUUCUUACAUAUGCACUGCUGAACCUGAAACAAAUGUCUGUUGUAAACGCUCCAAACUGACGUAUUGAUGCAUAAGUGCUGUCCAUAUUUGAACAAAUGACAUGAUAGAGCUCGUAUGUUAUAUACAGAUGAUCCCUCGAUCAGUUUAUCCUUUUGUAGUCAAUUUGUGGGAUACAGAAUAUUUCCCAAUGCAAUUUAAAACUGUCCUGUGAAGUCUCUGCCAAACUUGACUUGAAAAAUGUAAAAUCAUGAAAUUAUUUUUGGUUCAUUAACACUGUCCACUGAAAUUUUAUUGAAUAAAUCAGCUGGAGGGAUGCUAGUUAUUAUAGUUGGGUGGUGCAGGGUUUUGAAGUGGUACAGGUUAAAUGUAACUGGGUUUGUUUGUGUCUGAGACUGGUUGAGGGGGGUGACAUUAAUAUUAUGUAUGCAAUCAUUACAAGAUAACCCUGGAAGUAUACAUUUGUGUAUAGAAUCUGCAUAUUAUGUGAAGGUUGUAAAUAUAUUAUACAUUUUUAUUUAAUUGUGGGCUGAAUGAUGGGGAAAUCGAGAAAUAAAACUUGUUAUAGGGA